CUUGAUUUGGAGAGAGCGUGUUAGCUAGGGGGCUAGUGAAGGAAGAAAGGAUGUCUGGUGAAGAGCGGCACAGCGCUAGGGCUGAAAGCUACCAAUCUUAGUGUGCACUUGGUUCUUAUCUAGCAAGCUAGAGAGAGGCUUCAUGCAUUGGCAUUGAGCUAGCCAGCUCCAUAAAUUGGUGCAACUAUUGGUUGCCUCGUCAAGUGAUCAUCCUCACUUGCAACCUUGCAUUGCAUUGAUACAGCGAUGGCCAGAGAGAUGGAGAAGGCAAGGAAGGCCACAUCCCCUAAGAGCUCGACGAUUAAUACUGGUCCCAAGAGCCCAGUAAGGAAUGGUGGAGGAUCUCCACCUCAUAAAAACACUGCCGAGUCACGAGGACGAAAAAAUGAACAGCAAAACGUUCGGAAAGGAGGUCAAGACCUAAUGUCUGAUGAUGAGGGCAAGCGCCGUUCUUCGACUUCACAAACCUCACCUAAGAGAUCACCGAGACAUGAGCAGCCGCUGAGCUACUUGAGGCUUCACACUGAGGAGAGAGCAAUAAGGAGAGCCGGUUUCAAUUAUCAGAUUGCAAGCAAGAUAAAUACCCAGGAAAUCAUUAGGAGAUUUGAAGAGAAGUUAGCUCAGGUAAUGGAGGAACGCGAGAUAAAGAUGAUGAGGAAGGAGAUGGUUCCGAAGGCCCAACUCAUGCCAGCGUUUGACAAGCCAUUCCAUCCGCAAAGGUCGACGAGACCCCUGACAGUCCCAAAGGAGCCCAGCUUCCUGAGGCUGAAAUGCUGCAUCGGUGGAGAGUUCCAUCGCCAUUUUUGCUACAACGCCAAGGCCAUGAUCAAGUAGUGCUUACGCAUAUCUACCUGCCUCUACUACAAGAUCAACUAUUUUUGCCGUUCAGUUAAUAAUUUGCAUCAUGAACCUACGUUCCUAUGCAUGGAUCGAUAUGCAUAUAUAUCCAGCCUCUCACCAAUCGUUAUGUACACACGAAUUUUCACGUAGCAUAGAAUUGCCUGUCGAUGUAAAUGUCCUCCUCCCUUUUUUCCCUUUAACUUUCCCCUCUUUAUCUUUUGUUUUCUUCUUUCUCUUUCCCUUUUUGUGCCACUGAAGAUGAAACCAAACAGCUCAUCAGGAUGCAUGCGCCAUGUAUGUCUGAUGGCGGUAAUACAGCUUUCAUAUAUAAUGCCAUGAUACGAGUCUUGUUUU